UAGUUAUGAUGGUUUGAAAUAAAUAUAACCUCAAAUUACAAAAAAUAAAAUGGAAAAUAUGAAAGAAUUUAAAUUAAUAAAACAAGGAGCUGAAGCCAGAAUAUAUAAGGGAACAUAUCUGGGUAAAGUAACAAUUGCAAAAGAAAGGUUUACUAAAACUUAUCGUAAUCCCACUUUGGACACAGACCUAACUAAAAAAAGAAUAGUUGCGGAAUCGAGAGCUUUGGUUCGAUGUAAAGCAGCAGGUUUGCGGACUCCGACACUUUAUUUGGUAGAUUUUAAGCGCAAGACUAUAUUUAUGGAAUUUAUCGAACACAGCCAAACUGUGAAAGACUUCAUAGAAGAACAUUCUGAUAGAAUAGAAGAACUAUCUGAAUUUUUCUUUCGAAUAGGUAAACUGCUUGGCACUUUACACUCAAAUAACAUAAUUCAUGGAGAUCUUACUUCCUCCAAUAUUCUAGUAGUCAACAAGUACGCAAAAGAUGAUUUUAAAAACUUCAAUGACUUAGAUUUAAUGCCCAUAGACUUUGGUUUGUCAUUCAUAGAUUCCAAAACCGAAGAAAAGGGUGUUGAUUUAUAUGUAUUAGAAAGGGCUCUUCUAAGCACUCACAGUGUAGCAGAGCAAUUAUUUCCAAAGAUUUUGGAAGGAUAUAAAGAAGAGUUUAAGAAUGGAAGCCAAAAAAUCCUUUUGAAGUUUGAAGAAGUGAGAGCAAGAGGUAGAAAAAGAACAAUGGUGGGGUAAUAGAAAUAUUAAAGCUUUGUAUUAUGAUAAAUAUAUGUUUUUUACAAU